CUCAACAACGACGUAGGCCGAACUCAAAACGACAACAGCGCCAUUGUUUGGCUUUUCUGUCCGUCCAUAGAGUAACCGAGGAGAGCCUCAGGUGAGGAGAAAAAAAUGUUACAAUUCCCGGCGUUCAUGACGCAGUACUCGUGGUCGUCGAGGACGAUUCCGACGUCGUUUUUGCUUCCUUAUCAGUGGCCCCAACCCCACAGCGAGGAUCUCCUCCUCGCCAUGGAGGAGUCCGAUUUCGAAGAAAAGUGUAAUGAAAUCAGCAAGACUAAUAGCAACCUGAUUGUGAUCGGGAGAACCGCUGUUUAUAAUGUUAAAGAAGACUAUGAUAAUGAUGCCGAUGAUGAUGAUGCUGACAAUGCAGAGGAAUCUGAAGGUGAAGAGUUUGAGCAGGAGGCGGGUUGAAAAAGCUGUAUAUCAGUGCCCCUAUUCUUACUGUUUUUUCUUGGAAGAUUCUAAAUGUGUGCAUUGCUAUGGCCUUGGUAUCCACAUGCAGGACUUGCUCUGUUAAUGGCUUGUACUUAAUAAGAACAAAUUUUCAAUUAGAUCUCUAUAUAUGAUCCCUUUUUCUCA